AAAAAUAAUAAUAAAAACAAGAAGACAGGACUGCGAAAUUGAUAAAGAGUUUUCGUCAAUUUGAUUAUAUUUUAGUAUUUUCAGUCUGUGGUUUGCUAGUAAAAUUAACAAUGACGAUCUUUAAAACAACAUCAGCCGAAAAGAAAGCUGAUAAAUUCCUGAUUAAUGGCGAAAUAGUCACAGCAACUGAACCGCUGACUGGGUUGACAGAAGUAGAUGACUUAGAAACAUCUACACCUAAAGUGGUGCGAGUGACCUACAAUCCUAGAAGAACAAGAACCAUGGUGAAUCUAUGUUUAAUAGUAGCAGCAUUGUUAGUUCUGGGUAUUGGUUUGCUCGGAGCUGUGUAUCUGUAUAAACAUUUAUCUGUCCGUAUUGUUCGAGGGCGAUGUGGAGUGAGUUAUAUUGAUGAAAUGUAUGGCCAGGAACCAAAUGAUUUGAUAGCACAUGUAACCUUUAAACCUCAAGCUAACAACUUAAUUGGACAGAGUUUAUCAAAUAAGCCCCAUUCUGAUGAACCCCAAUCUAAAUAUCUUCACUAUAUAGAAGAAGAUGUAGAAGUAUCAGAAAUUGAUAAUUUUGAAACAUUGACAGUGCCAGAAUUUGAUGAAUGUGAAGAGACUGUUGUAUGGCAUGACUUUGGUGUGAACUAUACAGCUAUCAUUGAUAACCACCUGGAGACUUGUUUUAUUAUGAAACUUAAUAGAACUAUGUUAGCACCACCUAAAGAUCUGAUUGAUCUUAUCAUGAAGUAUAAGGAUGGUUAUUAUAUGCCUAGUGCUGAAGUUAUCCGAGAGAAGUAUCGUCAAGUUCUACCCAGUGUAUCUGAUGUUACUGUAUUUGGACCAUUUAUUAUGAGGCAAUGUUAUUGGUAUGAUACCUACAGACUUGUCAAGAUUGUUGACGGAGUGUACAAGAGAAGUGUCAACAAUGACAUGAAUGAGAAAGAUGGUCAACAGAAUAAAACAAUGAAGAUACACCACUAUGGUUUCCCUACCUUCAAGAAUGUAGUGUAUAAAUUUGCUGUUAUUCCACAGUAAAGUAAUGAAGUAGUUAUAGAGCCAACUGUAUUAGUACAUAAUAUGUAGUAUAUGUUUCUUCAACACAAUUUCCAUCACUUUAUGGGCUCAAGUAUUGUCUCGUUUUUAUACAUUCUACUUUUGACUUUGAAUCUUAAAAGUAAUAUGUUUUGGAUUUAAACAUAUUUUAAUGAAUCUAAGACAAACUUUAAAACUUACAAAUACAGUGUUAAUUAUGCAUUGUGCAUAUAUGUUUUUGAAAAUUCAAAAUAGGAUGUAAAAUGAAAAAUCCUUUGCUAGUUUUUAGGCCCACUAGUAUUUUGUAUGAAUAAAAUCAAAUGUAGGUAUUUAAUUUUUUAAGCAUUCUUUACUAAUAUUACAAAAUGAUCUUUAUUGUUAUUGACCUAUAUUGAUUUUUGAAAUGUAAUGGUCUAUAUACAUUAAUAAAAACUAAAAUUGACACAACUUCUUUGAUUUGUCUCAGUCAACAAUACAUUCAAAUUCUUGUUAUUAUUUAGUGUGCAUGAACCAUUACACCCAAUAGACUCAAAUAUAAAAUUUAAUCAGAUUUUAAUUUUCAGCAAUGAUAAAAAAAUAAUUAAAUUAAAACAUGAAAAUCUAAUUCUAGUCCCAAAUGUUCGCUAUAAUACAACAUGUGAUUGAAUUUUCAACAGUUUUAACCUAUUUUUUAAGCUUUUUGAUAUAUUUAGAAGCAUAAUUAUAUUUUAAAACAUACUGGUCCAAAUGCAUCAAACCUUAUGUGAAAUAUUAUCUGGCAAAUGUAUUACAUAAAUGUUUACAUACUUAAAGAAAUCUAUUUUAUUAGGGCUUAAAUAUGAGGUAAAUUGGCUAAAUAAUGCUCAAAUAUUUUUGCUUGAACAUAAUAGUAGCAUCUUUGAGAGGAAAGAAUUGUCAAAAGGUUAGGCUGUAUUGGUUCGGAAAUUUAGAGAAUUUUAUGAUGGUUUCCAUAAAAAGCACCAAUGUUUACUUUCCUAUCAUAAUUAAAGCCCUGCUUACAUUAUUUGAUGCAUUUGGACCACAAUAACUUAAGCAUAUACGUAAUGAAAUGUAUUAUGUAUCAUUAAUAUUUUUAGUUUGUAUCCAUGUAACUUAGAUUUUGUAAAUAUUUAUGUAUGCAUAUUGUAUUUUGUCAUUUGUGUGACCUUAUAAAAUCAAAUGCAGAUUGAAAAUAACAUAGAGAGUUUACCAUAUAGUCAUAAGGUGACUCAUAAAGCCCCAAUUCAGUAGGCUAUUAAUUAAUCAAGAUAUUUGUAUUUUUUGAUAUUUUUUCACCAGCACUAGUUAUUGCAUAUAUUUAUGGAAGUUUAAUCUUAUAUCUUAUACAAUGAAACUGUCUUAUACAGCAAACCUUUGUAUGACAAGAUGCAACAGUAAAGGUGUCUUCUGUCUUAUAUGGCAAGAUGUAAAAGUAAAGGUGGCUACUGUCUUGUAUGGCAAGAUACAACAGCAAAGGUGUCUUCUGUUUUGUAUGUCAUGAUGUAAAAGUGCCUACUGUCUUGUUUGGUAAGAUGUAAAGGUGUCUACUGUCUUGUAUGGUAAGAUGUAAAAGAAAGGUGUCUACAGUCUUGUAUGGUCAGAUGUAAAAGGAAAGGUGUCUACUCUCUUGUAUGGUAAGAUAUAAAAGGAAAGGUGUCUACUCUCUUGUAUGGUAAGAUAUAAAAGGAAAGGUGUCUACUCUCUUGUAUGGUAAGAUUUAAAAGUAAAGGUGUCUACUGUCUUGUAUGGUAAGAGGUUAAAGUUAAGGUGUCUUCUGUCUUAUAUGGCAAGAUGUUAAAGUAAAGGUGUCCUAUGGCAGUAUAUGCUAGUAAAGGUGUCUACUGACUACUGUCUUGUAAAAAUAUUAACUGUUUGGUAAGAUGUCAAAGUAAAUGUGUCUACUGUCUUGUAUGGAAAAUAUGGUUAAAUGUGAAAGGUUGUGUCUUGAUCAGGAAACCGAUUAUGCAUGAAAAGAUUAUUGUUUAUUUGAGAGGGCUAGAGGACUCUGCUGUAGAUCUGUACAUAUUUCACUUAAACUUUUUGUCACACAUAUUGAGCAGAUAUUGAGAAAUAUCUAACUAGCUGAAAAUUCAUGCAUUUUAUGCCCAUGGCUUGUGUAAUAUCCGAUUGUAUUUUAUAAGCUGUAACACUGGAUAUUUUUCUGGAUCCAACCAAUAUCUAUCACUUAUAUAUUAUUUUACAAGCUUUUUAUCCUACUACAUGUAUAAGGUGCUGAAUCAAUCCACUGUACUUGUAUUUCUGCUCAGAGAAAAAUACCAAUGUAGCACUUGUAUGUGAUUUCUCUUGCUCACUCUUUGUAAUGAAAACAGAAAUUUAGUUUAAACAGUGACUCUCCAUUUACUAGUGGUUUUUAACACUUUUAUCAGGUAGAUUCUGCAUCUCGACUCAUCACUAAUGUAAAAUCAAAUAUGAAAUCCAUCACCUAGGAAUAAAUUGAUAAAAAUAUCUAAAAAAUUUUAAGAUUUCAUAAUUUCUGUCAAAAAUUCCUGCGUAUAUUUUUUUCGCACAAGAAAUUGUCAUCGAAAAAAGUUUUGUGAAAUGUUGUAAGGACAGUUUCGAUACUUUUCCUAAAAACAGAAGCUUUGACCAAACAAACCACUUGGCUGACAUAAGCAUUAAUCAAUAUUUUCUUUGAUCUAUCAACUGUUUUAAACAUUAAUCUGGCAGUUAUUGAUUAGAGCUGUUUUAACUGUAUGUGUCAUUCCAGUUAAAUGUAUUAAGUAAUGUUUUGUAUAAGUAAAAGUUAUCUAUUUAGUUGUCUUAAUGUUAUAGAUUAUACAGGCUUCAAUAAAUUCAUUACACCAUUUU